AUGGAGGCAAGAAUAGAGACCAUAGAGGAAACCCUACAGAUGCUGGUUCAGCAUCUCACUGGAAGAGGGAAUCAACAAAGACAACCCCACCAUCCUAAUGAUGAUCAGGAAGAUAAAAUGAUACGGAUAGACAUUAAGGAUUUUGAUGGACAAUCCAGUAAUCCUGAGGAGUAUUUGGAAUGGGAAGCGAGUAUGGAAAGAUACUUUGAGUACAGAGGAACUACACCUGAAGGACAAUACAAAGUGGCCAAGAUGAAACUCACCAAACUUGCUGCUAUGUGGCUGGAAGGGAUACAGAGGCAGAGGGUGAGGGAACAGAGAGAAAGAAUUGAUACUUGGGAUAAGCUAAAAAAGCACUUGAAUAGGAAGUAUGUCCCCAUCAAUUUCAAGCAUCAAAUGUAUAUUAAAUGGAGCACUCUUAGUCAAAAGGGUAGGAGUGUGAUUGAGUAUAUACGUGAAUGGGAGAAACUGGUAGUGAUGUGUGACAUAGAGGAUGCAGAGGACUUGAAGCUGACUAAAUUCCUGUCUGGCUUGAGGGAAGAUAUCAGGGAUCAACUCAUGACCAUGCCUACACUAGACCUGCAAACAGCCUUUAACCUAGCCCCAAUUUAUGAACAAAACUACAACAAAAGAAGGAUGACAGGGAACAACUACAACAAAUCUCCUAAAGCAUACCCACCCAGACAAUCUAGACCUGUAUCACCCAAGGCACAGAGGAAAACAGAGCAAAACCCUAAUUCACCUGACAGAAUACCUAUACCCUUGAACAAGGUGGUUUGUUUUAAAUGCCAUGGCCAUGGACAUUAUAAAAAGGACUGCCCAAACAUUAGAGUCUUCACUGUUCAAGAGUGGAAGGAAAUAAAGGAGGAUACCCAACCCAAGAUGAUGUUAGUGGUGAGAAAUGGUAGGGUGGAGGAAGAUUGGCCUCCAGUGGCUGAGCAUGAGCCAGAUGGAUCUUACAGAGUUGAUGAUUUUGGAAAAAUAGUGAGAUAUGAACACAGCAUUGAUGAAGAGGAACUUGAAGAAGGAAUAGAGAAGGUGUUGCCUGAGGAAGGAUAUUACAACUUGAUUAUAAGGAGAAGCCUGCAUACCACUUAUGUUGAGGAAGAAAGCAACCAGAGAGAAAAUAUAUUUCAAACAAACUGUAGGGUAAAAGACCAAGUUUGUGACGUGAUAGUUGAUGGAGGAAGCGAGUCAAACUGUGUUAGCUUGGCUUUGGUGACAGAUCUAAACCUAAAAACUAGACCCCAUGCACACCCAUACAAGUUGAAAUGGUUGGAUAACAAUGCCACUAGUUCAGUGAGUAAGCAAUGUCUGUUAGGGUUUAGUAUUGGGUCAUAUAAGGAUCAAGUGUUGUGUGACGUGCUAGAGAUGAAUGCCUGCCAUGUACUCUUGGGAAGACCAUGGCAAUAUGACAAGAGAAGCAUACACAAUGGUUGCACAAAUACCUACACCAUAAAGCAUGAAGGAAAGCUUAAGGAGUUAGUUCCCCUGCCUCCCCACAGAGCUGUUCCCCCUCCUGUGAGAGAACCUGUACAUUUGAUCAGUAGAAAGGUUUGUGAAAAGGAAAUAAAGAACAAGAAUGAGGUAUAUAUCUUGGUAACCAAAGAAGUGGAGCAAACUACAGAAAUACCUCCUGCAGUGAAACCCCUGUUACAGCAGUACAAGGAUGUAUUCUCUAAUGAACUGCCUGAUGGUUUACCUCCUAUAAGGGGAAUUGAACACCAGAUUGACCUUAUACCAGGAGCCCCUUUACCCAAUAAGCCAGCCUACAGAGCCAAUCCCACAAAAACUAAAGAGCUACAGAGACAAGUUGAGGAGUUACUACACAGAGGGUAUGUAAAGGAGAGCCUCAGUCCAUGUGCAGUGCCCACUCUGCUUGUACCAAAAAAAGAUGGGACUUGGAGGAUGUGCAUAGAUAGCAGAAGUGUUAACAACAUAACCAUCAAGUAUAGGUUUCCUAUACCUAGGAUAGAUGAUAUGUUAGAUGAGCUAUCAGGUGCCCACUGGUUCAACAAGGUAGAUUUAAGGAGUGGCUAUCAUCAGAUUAGAAUGAAAGAAGAGGACGAGUGGAAAACUGCUUUCAAGACAAAAUAUGGCUUGUAUGAAUGGCUUGUCAUGCCAUUUGGUCUAACAGGAGCCCCCAGCACCUUUAUGAGAUUGAUGAAUGAGGUGUUGAGACCUUUCUUGGGAAAGUUCAUAGUAGUCUAUCUUGAUGAUAUCUUAAUAUACAGCAGAGGAUUAGAGGAACAUCUUGGUCAUUUGCAGCAACUGUUUGAAACUUUAAGGAAGCAAAAACUAUAUGGAAAACUGGAGAAGUGA